CGGGAAAAAUAGCUAUAUUUACGGAGCUCGUUUGAACACAAUGUCUCCGGCGGCUUUGCUGCCUAGCGCCAAGCCCUCGGUGGUAAUUCAGACUUCACUUCUAAGCUUACUGUACCGACAAAACAUGAAAGCACCACCCAACCAAGAUACUACUGCGACUCCCGAAACAAAAAUGGAAAACAACCUGAAAGACACCAUCCAGUUCUUCCAGGAGCUGGCUCCAAUCCAAACAAACAGCGUUCUUCAGCCCAAAUUCGCUCAUGAACUAGCGCCGCAGGAUGCACAGCAAACUCGCAUCAUAGUGCACCGUCGUUUUCUAGCCUUAGUGGAAGCUUUCCUGGCCCACAAACGCGAGCACGGCAGCAGUUAUGAAAAGGCCCUGUACACUACCUCCUGGACAUGGCAGCAGCAAGUCGCCCGAUUGAUCGAGAAGCGGCCUCUAGUUUUCAUGGGCGCCGGCGAUUUCACCGUUCUGCGUAACGGCAAGAGUAUCGAAUCGCCUACGAGGGAAUGGGGUAGCGUCGGCACGGAGGCGGAAAACGGGAACAAGUACCUCUCCCUCAUGGAGUACCUCAGCUACGACGAGAUUAUGCUCGGUAGCUUGAUUGGCGUCAGUAGUCCAAGUUACUUCAUCAAUGACGGCAACCGCUACAACAAGGGAGUCCCCGGUGAUUCGGGGACUUUCGAGCCGAGAGGUGUCAUAAUCGGUCUGGUCGGCGCUCGAUUCGAGAGGAAGGAUCGCAUGGACAGUGUGCAUUGUCUCCCAACUGUCGCAUCGCCCAAGCAGCAUCCCCUGCUCAGCAAAGUUUUCCAGGACUUCUUCGGCUGUCCGAAGAAAAACGUGCCAUUCGACUUCGACAUGUAUAAGUCCCGGAUGCGCAUCCCUGCCGAGAUCUUGCUAUGCGAAGCGAACGACCGAGCCAACACGGCUGACAAGAAGGCAUAUAUCUACGUCGUGGGGCUUGGCCUAGGGGUAUGGAAGGUCAACUCCGCGCAGACGAAGCAUUAUGUUGAGGCUUUCGCCGAUGCCCUGGACAUGCUAGGUCCAGCCCUGCCCUGCAUUAGCACAAUGGAGUUCGCGUACAUCAACGCUCCGCCCGACCAAGAGAGAUUGAUAAAAAGAACGGGUCAGAAGUUUGGUAUCGACAUUAUCUUUUCCAAGCGCAAUCCUGCUGAGAAGCUCACGGGGGCCAGGGAGGGACAGCUGCUUGUGCUGAGCUAUGCUUGGGAUGGGAACUCAUAUCCUGGAAAUGAGUACUGGAUUGGGAAUAUGGUAGGGAGUGGUGAUCCUGCAGCUGCUUGUAUGAGCACCGUCAGUCAGUUGCAUAACCCGCAGCUGAAUCCUCAGUUCUUGGAAAGGAUCCAGGUUUGGGGUCUUCCGGUCGAUGAGACUCAGACUUGACAGCUGUACGCAGGCGGAUACGAAUGUGACGAGGGAAAGUUCCUACGGGAGAUGAGAGGGAUUCAUGUUAUGGAUUUGAUAUGUGGUUUGUAGGAGUGGUUAUGAGAACAUGGAUGAGGAGGCGAUGAAAAAGGAGGGAGGUUUUGGAGGCUGUGUUUAGUACUAAUAUUAGAGGAGGUGAUGUGGAUUUAUGGACGGAAAGGCUAGUAGGCAGCAGUUCACAUGGGGCAUGUGUCUAGCCACCUUCCACUCACUGGAUACAGGGGUGUGCGGAAAGAUAGCGCUCUCGCCUGCGCCACUCGUGACAUCCUUUGCACAAUACAAUGUCGUUUUCUCGAGGAGAUAUCUACUAGACCUGAGCUCCCUGAUCAGAUCCGUAAAUGGUGUUUGCGGACGGAUUUAUCAAG